GACCGGACCUUCUAAAAUAUUUAUUGAUGAAAAUGACACGGGGUCGAAUUCUCACGAUUCCUGAAAGCCCAAUAUGUAAUUGGGCUAGGGUCCAACACUCCAACUUCGAUUUCGAUACCAACUCCUACAACUGCUGCCGCGAACGUAAAUCGCAACUACCGACACGAAUGCAAGGGAAAUCACCAUCGGAGAGGAUGAAGUGGAGCUCAGUGAUCGGAACGAUUCUACGACGGGGGGCCUCGAAUCUUGUCGGACUUUCCACGCCUCCGAUUCUCGGGGAAACCGCUGCUCCCCUGGCGAACCUAAUCUCCUCAUCAAAUGCUCCUAUAUCCUGGAAAUUCCUCGUCGGCAGUCCCUCGUUCGCCACCGCAGCCACGGCCUCAGCUGUCUUCCACGCCUCAACUCCUCUGCAGUUCAAUAGGAGCUUUAGUUCAUCAGCAGGUUCAGGUUCAUCAAACGUUGUGCUGAUUAAGACAGAAGAGGAGUUUAAUAGCUCUCUCAAAGACGUUCAAGAUAAGUCGUUGCCCGCAGUCUACUACUUUACCGCUGUGUGGUGUGGCCCAUGUAAGUUUAUAUCUCCUGUCGUCACCCAACUUAGCAAGGAAUACCCUCAUGUGCCGACUUACAAGAUCGACAUUGAUCAGGAAGGCUUGAACAGCGUGCUGAACAGAUUGUUUAUAACUUCUGUGCCAACGCUCCACUUCUAUCAAAAUGGCAAAAAGGCAGCUGAAAUUGUGGGUGCUGAUGUUAAUCGCCUGGAAGAAACAAUGGAAGAACUCUAUGGGAAAGACUAGUCAAAGAUGCAGGGAACUAAGUCGAAUCAUCAAUACGAUGGUGCAACACUUGAGAGGCUUGAGUUUUUAUACAGCUGUCUUCUGAUCUUUCUGCAAGUACUGCGAGACAUACAAAGUGGCAUGUAAUGAGUUUAUAAAGUGUAAUCCAUGGUAUUUUCCAGCUACACCGGCAGGGUGUUGCAGAUUUGGAGAUGUCUGUCACUUAGGCUUUGCUAUUGAUUUGUUUUUAUUUAUGUAUUUAGUAAAUAGAAAUAUGCGCU